AUUAUGAAGAUAAUCGAGAAACGAAAAAAACAAGAAGACACCGAAUUAGGCUUCACAAGCCCAACAACGACUCGAGAUAUUUACCUGAUCUUCCCAGAUUUUCCCACCUUUUUCUGUCCAAGGCUAUCCUAUCCCCUUUCCCCUGUUUCUUCUUGUGGUUUGUUCUCACUGAAAAAUACUACUGACUUACCAAAACAAUGAUUCCAAAUAUUACUACCACUUACUGCCCCUCGGAUGAAGUCCAUUCGUACUUGACGGCGAAGUAUAUAAAAAGUCUGUGUCUCCCAUGAUAAUUCCUCAGACCUCACAGCCAUGAACUCUCUCACUCUCUCUCUUCCCUUACAAUUACUUUCUCUCUCUCUCCUAAUCCUCUCAACCUCUUCCUCAGCAUCUCCCCACAAAAUUCCAAGGCUCAGUGUACUCCAUGAAACAAUCAUUAGAGACCUUUCUUACUAUAAUACCAUCUUCUCAGCCUCUGCUGCUUCAGAGCACUUGGAAACCUUCUUUUACACCCAAACACUUGAUCACUUCAACUACAAACCAGAGAGCUACGCCACUUUUCAGCAAAGAUAUGUGAUCAAUUCCAAAUAUUGGGGUGGUGCAAAUGAGAAUGCUCCAAUUUUCGUUUAUCUUGGUGCAGAGGCUGCGAUUGAUGGUGAUCUUUCUAUCAUUGGGUUUCUCCCCGAUAAUGCCCCUCAUUUCAAAGCCCUCCAAGUUUACAUAGAGCACCGCUUCUACGGACAGUCGAUUCCAUUUAUGUUGAUGGAGGAGGUGGUGAAAAACGAAAGCACUCGUGGCUAUUUCAAUUCGGCCCAGGCUAUUGCGGAUUAUGCAGAGGUGAUCAUAUAUUUGAAGCAAAAAUUGUCUGCGCGUGAUUCUCCGGUUAUUGUUGUUGGAGGAUCUUAUGGAGGAAUGCUAGCCUCAUGGUUCCGGCUAAAAUAUCCCCAUAUUGCCCUCGGGGCUCUGGCCUCAUCAGCUCCUAUCCUUUACUUUGAUGACAUCACUCCAGAAAAUGGAUACUAUUCACUUGCCACCAAGGAUUUCAAAGAAGUAAGUGAGACUUGCUACGAAACAAUACAAAAGUCGUGGUCCGAAAUCGAUAGAGUCGCUUCCAAUCCCCACGGUCUCUCAAUCUUGAGCCAAAAAUUCAAGACUUGCUCGCACUUGAACAAUUCUGAGGAACUCAAGGACUACUUGGAAACAAUGUACGCCGUUGCAGCUCAAUAUGAUCAUCCACCGUUGUAUCCUGUUACACUGGUCUGCGGGGGAAUCGAUGGAGCAAACGAAGGAACUGACAUUCUUGACCGGAUAUUCGCAGGCCUUGUUGCCUAUAGACCGAACCGUACAUGUUAUCAUGUUGACGAAAACAAGGUUCCUUCGGAAACAGAGAUAGGAUGGGGUUGGCAAAGAUGUAGUGAGAUGGUAUUACCCAUUGGCCGGGGCAUCGACGACACCAUGUUUCCACCAGCACCUUUCAAUCUAACGCAAUACAUCAUGAAUUGCAGAAGUUUGUACGGCGUCCCACCACGUCCCCACUGGGUCACAACCUACUAUGGAGGUCAUGACAUAAAAUUGGUUCUCCAUAGGUUUGCUAGCAACAUCAUUUUCUCCAAUGGUCUUAGAGAUCCUUACAGCAGUGGAGGGGUAUUGGAGGACUUAUCGGACACUCUUCUCGCGGUUCAUACCGCUAAAGGAUCCCAUUGCUUGGAUAUUCUUACGGCGAAGGAAACCGAUCCACAAUGGUUGAUCAAGCAAAGAAAGGUGGAGGUCAAGAUCAUUGACGGAUGGAUCAGAAAGUACUACGCUGAUCUUCUUGCUUUGACAUAGUAGAUACAUAAUGGAGUAAUAGUUGAAGGAACACUCCAAGUUGUAAAAGCAGAAUAAUCAUAAGCAAGCAGAGCAUAUGCUUCAAAUGCUCUCACUUGCCUUGUUCCUCUUUGUUUAUGUCAUUGAACCUUGACCAUUUUGGUGGAAAUAAUUGUAUUUCGAGUCUUAA